AUGAAGGGCGUGACCGUGGAGCCCCUGAUGCUGCUCGAUGGUCUCGCCUUCUCCAGUAUACACGUGUACAUAGAGAACCUGCAGAUGGAUCGGGUGUGUAGAGUGACCAGCGGCUUCUCCCAGCAGGUGUGUGACAACCUCAGGGCACAACCUGGAGCCAAUGUGGAGGUGCAGCAGAGGUACAGUGUCUUCGCCCUUUAUAACGGCAUCAUCGCCGCCGCUCUUCCACUCUUCUUCAUCCUCUUUAUGGGUGCCUGGAGUGACAAGUAUGGCAGGAAGGUGCCGCUGGUGGCAGUGCAGGUGGGCCACGCACUCCACGCCGCGGGCUACUUGCUGGCGUCUUUGGCACCUUCAUGGCCUGCCGAAGUGCUACUUGCGGUCACGCUUCUGGACACACUGGGAGGCGGAACCGUGUCAUUCUUGACCGCCGCAAACUCUUACAUUGGUGACGUGUCCUCGGAAGAGUCGCGCACCUCGAGGGUGGGAUUGGCCAAUAGUAUCUGGUUCCUGGGUGGACCAGUGGGCACUCUGAUGGGCACUUACUUUUAUAUUGCUCUAUAG